ACACUGUGGUGGGGCUAGCGUCAGGAUUCCGUCUGUGGGCUCUGAAAGGUGGUUCGCACUUCACAGUUAGCACUAUGCUUUUGUCGGAUGCAACAACAAUAAUGGCUAAUUUUAUUAUAAGAGUGCUUCUUUACAUGAGUUCAUCAUGCCUCUGCAUGAGUUAUACCGUGUGAAUUAAGGAGACUUGAUCCCAAAAGAGAUGAACAACAACACUUGUGCAGCUGAUCAAUCUUAUACAUCCAACAAUGAUUUGUUUGAGCUGGUUUGGGAAAAGGGCCAGAUUUCAAUGCAGGGUCAAUCAUUUAGAGCUCGAAAGAGCCCAAAUUGUAGAACUUUGCCAUCUCAUUGCUUACCAUCUCGCACUCCUCUAGGAGGAUAUGCUAAGGAUAAUAAUACUACCAUCACAAGGAUGGGGAAGUGUGGCAGUUUAGGACCUGAAUUGAAUGAAAUCAAAAGGGUAUUCCCUUCGGGUGAAGUGUAUUUUGGUGAAGAAGAAGAAGAUGAAGACAUGGUGAUGCCUUGGUUGAAUUAUGGAAUGGAUGACUCUUUGCAACAUGGAUAUAGUUCUGAGUUUUUCAAUGAACUAUGCGGGGUCACCAUGAAUGAGCCGUCAGCAUCAAAUGGUUUUUCUUUGUUAGACAGAAGAAAUAGUUGUAGUAAGGUAUUUAGGGACACUCAUAAAAACACUCCAUUUGCAUCUGUUAGAUCCAAGAUAGUGGAUAUAGCUGAAAAUAAUACAAAUAAUGUUCCAUCUCCCUCAACUGGUUUUUCUGGCUUAAAGAUGGAGAAGCAAGGCUCGGUUGCGUGUAGCAAUAGUUCCACCAUGAUGAAUUUUUCCCACUUUGCAAAGCCUGUUGCUAUUGUCAAAGCUAACCUUGAGAACAUUGGUUUGGCAUCAAGAUCAGGAAGUGUGGGAAUAAAGAUAAAAGGUGUUGCUGCAACUGUUGCGACAAAUCCUGCUCAAUCAACAAAAGUUGAAUUAUUCGGAGAGUGUUCAAAAAAAGCAGGCACACAAAGUCAUCAGGUUACGGAGCCAAAACCUCUUGAGCAGGAUGGUGCCGUUUCAACAAAGUGUGAUCCUUCUUGCAAAGAUGUCUGCAGGAUUGAUGACACUUCAAACCUAGUCGUUGGAGAAAGUGUGAACAAAGGAAAGGAAGCUGUUGAAAAAAAUGUAGAGCCAUCUGUAGUCUCCUCCUCUGUUUGCUCUGGCAAUGGUGCAGAAAGGGGUUCUAAGGAUCCAAAUCAAAAUUUGAAGAGAAAAAGUAUAGACACCGACGACUUUGAGAGCCAAAGUGAAGAUGUUGAAGAAGAAUCAGUUGGUGUAGAAAAGGAGGUUCCUGCACCACAAAUUGGAGCCAAGAGACACCGUUCAGCUGAAGUGCAUAAUCUAUCUGAAAGGAGAAGAAGAGACAGGAUCAAUGAGAAGAUGCGUGCAUUACAAGAACUAGUACCAAAUUGCAAUAAGGCGGAUAAAGCUUCGAUGUUGGAUGAGGCGAUAGAGUAUCUCAAAACACUUCAACUCCAACUUCAAGUAAUGUCAAUGGGAACUGGUUUAUACAUGCCUGCUAUGAUGUUACCUCCGGGAAUACAACACAUGCACGCAGCACAUAUGGGUCCUUUUUCUCCUAUAGGUGUUGGCAUGCAAAUGAGGUUAAGAGUGGGUUGUGGCAUGGGCAUGAUUGAUGGCAAUGAUGAGACUUCUGGAUUUCCAAUGGCUCAUGUGGCCCAAAUGCAAGGAGCAAAACUUCCCAUUGCACAUGCACCUGGUUCCACUGCUUUACAUGGAAUGCCAAAUGGCCAAGUGUUUGGGGUUCUUAGUCAGGGUCACCACAUGCCAAUGCCACAUGCUCCCAUAUUUUCAUUUCCAGGGGAAUCCUUUAUGGAACCAUCAACUUUAGGACUAAAUGCCUGUGGAACAGCACUUACGGAAAAUGUUGGUUCGGUUUCAGCCUGUAACUUAAAGGAUCCAAUGCCACAUGUGAACUCACAAGAUGCACAAAACACUAACAUACCAGAUGUCAACACAAGAUUGUAAUAUUGUAUUUUUUUAUCAGCAAUUAUA